AUGGAGAAAAUUAGGAAUACAAUUGAAAGAUUACAUUCUUCAGAUGUCUCAAUUCAAGAAAAUUGUUUAAGAAUUUUAAUUAAUAUAUCAACAGAGAAUGAAUAUCAUAAUAUAAUUUUAAAAUUAGUUGGAAGUAAAAGGUUUAAAGAAUUAAUACAAUCAAAUAAUGAAGUUAUUCAAAUGCUUUCAGCUUGGUUAUUAAGUCAUUUAGGUUUAAAAUAUGAAAAUAGUGAAAUUAUAUUAAAAUGGGAUUUAAUUGAAAUUAUAAUAAAAUUAUUAAAAGAAAGUGAAAGAGAGAAUGAAGAUAUAACGGAAAAGGUAUUAUGGUUAAUGUUAAAUAUUACAUUGAAUUAUGAUAAUUCUCAUUUAUUAUUAGAAUAUGGUAUAGUUGAAAUAUUGAUUGAGUUUUUAAAGAGAAAGAGUAAUAAUUAUAGUAUGGUUAUAUUAUCAUGUGGUAUACUUAGGAAUUUAUUACAUAAAGAUUCAUGUGGAGAAUAUUUAGAUAAUCAAAAGAUAUUUUGUCAUUCAGGUAUCAUUCAAACUAUAAAUCAAAUGUUAAUAGCCACCACUAACAGGACAUCCCAACGAGAGCAGCAGGCGUCCAAUCAGAUGAUAUUGUCCUUGAUUGGGUUGAUACAUGUUUUGACCAUCUACCAUCCCCUAAUCCGUAGGAUUCUAGCCAUAUCAGGCAUAUUGAACCAAUUGGUUACCCUGCUAUCAUCCCCUUCAACGCCUCUUCCAAUCAAGGAGCAAACCAUAAAGAUCCUAAUCAACCUUUCAUUGACCGAAGAAACUGAACGACCAAUAUUACAAGCGGGUGCGAUCAUGCCAUUGGUUGAUAUUGUCGUAUCGAUAAGUUCCACUACGAUAGAGUUGAAAUCAUUGUGUGUGAGUUGUUUAGCCAAUUUAACAUCAAAUGCUGAUAUUAGAAAAGUGUUGAGAUCAAAUUAUCUCAUCGAUGGGUUAUCGGAAUUGUUAAAAGAUAAACCCAAUCAUACAAGUCAACUAUUGGAGGCGAUAUCAUUACUCAUUGCCAAUCUAUGCAUUGAUGAACAUUGUAGAUUUAAAAUCUCUCAAUCAGAUUGUGGCCGUGAUUUGAUAGAGUUAAUAAAUUAUCCACAUGGUCAAGUUAGAGAUUCAAUUUUAAAUGCAUUGGAUAAUAUUAAAGUACCAAUCUCUUUUGAAACUCAAAAUGAAUUAGCAAUGAUAGAGGAUAUGUCUGAUUUAGAUCCUUUCGAUAGUUUAAGUUUUCAAACAACUUGUUCAAAUCAAAAUACUCUCAAUUCACCUGGUUUUAGAGGUUCAAUAUUUCGUUUUUCAAAAAGUACUUCACCACCAAAUAAUAAUAAUAAUUUAACAAAUUCUAUUGAUUCAUCUAAUAGUAAUAGUAAAUCAAAUAGUAUUAAUAAUAGUACAAGUAAUAGUGCAAGUAGUUUACUUCAAUCACCAAUAUAUCAAUCACAACCUCAAUUACCACCACCACCACAACAACAACAACAACAACAACAACAACAACAACAACAACAACAACAACAACAACAACAACAACAAUUCUAUAUUAAUACUCCAUUACAAUCACCACAACAAUCACCACAAGUAGUACAACAACACCAACAAAUUAAUAAUUUACCAUCCUUAUCUAUUGAACAACAAUCACCACAAAUUAAAUCACAAACAACACCACAAUUACAAGCACAACAACAAGCACAACAACAACAAAUACAAUCACCACAAAUUCAAUCACAAACAAUACAACAAAAUAUUAUUGAAGAACAACCACAAUUUCAAGCUCAACAACAACAACAACAACAACAACAACAACAACAACAACAACAACAACAACAACAACAACAAGAUGAACCAAAUAAAUUAUUUAGAAGAGGUAGAAUUAUUAAAGAAUUAAUUGAUACAGAACAAGUUUAUAUACAUGCAUUAUCAGUUUGUAUUAAAGUCUAUUAUAAUCCAUUAGUAGUAUCACCAACUAUACCACCAAUUAUAAGUUUAGAUUUAGUAGAGACAAUAUUUUCAAAUAUUGAUAAAGUAUUUAGAGUUAGUUGUGAAUUCUUAAAAAAGUUAAGAGGAAUGUCAGACAAGAAGGAUGUAUUAGAGUUGGCUCAUUGUUUACAAUGGUAUUGGGAUCAAAAAGAUACCAUUGAAGAACUUCGUACCUAUAUUAACAAUUUCAAUAAAGCAAUGGAUUGUGUACAUGAAAAUCGUGCAAAAUUACCAAAAUUUAAAGAGUUUCUAGAGAAAUGUCAAUUCUCUGAACAAUGUAAAAGUGAAACAAUCGAUAGUUAUUUAAUUAGACCCGUUCAAAGAGUACCACGUUACAUUCUACUCUUAACUGAUCUAUUAAAUCAUACAGUUGAUACUUUGGAAAGAGUUGCAAUUCAAGAUGUCCUAAAAAGAACAAAACAAAUCACUGAUCAAUUAAAUGAAUCAAAGAGAAAAGCUGAAAAUGUUUCAAAAACUUUAUUACUUCAAGAAAAGGUUAUAGGUUUAUCUGAAAUAUUAUUCUCUCCAAAUAUUUAUGCAAAUAAAGAAAAUGCUAUAAUUAAUAGUGGUAGUAGUAAUAGUGCUGGUAGUAGUCAUCAUGGUAGUAGUAAUAGUAUAAUUUAUAUAAAUGGUAGUAGUAGUAAUAAUAAUAAUAAUAGUUUAAAUACAAGUAUUAAUAAUAAUAAUAUUAGUUUAAAUUCAAGUAUUAAUAAUAAUGGUUUAAAUAUGAGUAAUAAUAAUAAUAAUAGUAAUAAUAAUAAUAAUAAUAAUAAUAAUAAUAAUAAUAAUAAUAAUAAUAAUAAUUUAAAUACAAGUAGUUCAAAUAAUGUAACAACAACAACAACAACAAAUUUAAAUAUAAUUAAUAGACAAUUAAUUAAAGAUGGAUUAAUGAUGGAAAGUAGACAAAAGAAAGUUUCAAAAUAUAGAUAUUUCAUAUUAUUUAAUGAUUUAUUAUUUAUUACUAAACAAAAGAAAAACAAAUAUAGUAUUUAUAAAACUAUACCAUUGAUUGAUUUAAAGGUUUUAGAAGUUCCACAAUCUGCAAAUAAUACAGAGACUGGUUUAUAUUGUUUUCAAAUUAAUUGGAGUGGAGAUAAAAGUGAAAAUGGUAUGGUAAUUAGUACAACUGAAGCUGAUAAAGAAGAUUGGAUUAAAGAAUUAAAAGAAUCUAUCAAUUGUGUAAAGAAAAAUCAUUUACAUAAUAUUAUGAAAUCACAAUUAAUUUUUAAUUAA